GAAAUUGCAUAUCCAAACAUCACUGUCGGGUUAGCUGACUAAGCUGAGUGAAAAUUCUACCAUUGUGUUGUUCGUGUGGCGUAGUGUGUGUAUUUUAUUUAACAAAGAAAUGAUGUUUUAUUGCUGCGUUUUAACAGUUUCGUAUGGAUAUUUUGAGAGUCUUAGUGAGCAAACAUAGUGCAAUCUAGCUGUGGCGCUUGCCAGACUUGGUCUAUUUACCGUGCAGAGCUGCAGUGCCGGAGCUAGCUAAGCUAGCUGGGAGUACAAUAGGAGCAAAUGGAGCCCCUCAAGCCAACAUUGGGGCUCCCCCGCAUCCAAGUAUUUCGGCCUACAUACGAGGAGUUCAAGGACUUUGCCAAGUACAUCUUAUACAUGGAGGCACAAGGGGCACACAAGGCAGGGAUAGCUAAGGUAAUUCCACCUCCAGAAUGGAAACCUCGUAAGGAAGGUUAUAAUCUUGAAAACCUGGACGUAACGAUUCCUGCUCCCAUAUGCCAGGUGGUGACAGGCAAGCAGGGCCUGUACCAGCAGAUCAACAUCACAAAGAAGUCCAUGUCCGUACAGGAAUACAAGCAGCUUGCUGAAAGUCCCAGGUACAACACUCCGCCCAGCUUCGACUACGAAGACCUGGAACGGAAGUAUUGGAAGAACAUCACUUACAUUGCUCCUAUCUACGGUGCCGAUGUGUCUGGUUCUCUCACUGACAGCGACGAACAUGUCUGGAACAUAAAUAGGCUGGGUACUAUCCUGGACUAUGUCAAUGAAGACUAUGGUAUCAGUAUUGAUGGAGUCAACACAGCUUACCUCUACUUUGGGAUGUGGAAGACCACUUUCGCUUGGCACACUGAGGACAUGGAUCUCUAUAGUAUUAAUUACCUACACUUUGGGGCCCCCAAGACAUGGUAUGGGAUACCUCCUGAACACGGCAGACGUCUGGAACGCUUAGCGAAUGGAUUCUUCCCUAGCAAUUGCAAAUCUUGUCCGGCUUUUCUCAGACACAAAAUGACCAUCAUAUCCCCCCAUGUCCUCAAGAAAUACUCUAUACCUUUCAACAAGAUAACGCAGGAAGCGGGGGAAAUAAUGAUCACUUUCCCAUAUGGUUACCACGCAGGCUUCAAUCAUGGUUUUAACUGUGCAGAGUCCACAAAUUUUGCUUCGCCUCGUUGGGUUGAAUAUGGAAAACGAGCAAUGCAAUGUCUUUGCAGACCUGACAACGUGAAGAUCAGCAUGGACACGUUUGUGAAGAGGUUCCAGCCAGAGAAGUAUGAGCUGUGGCUGCAAGGCAAGGACAUCGGACCUCAUCCUGAGGAUCCUGGCAAGCUGACGGCUGCUCCUGCCCCCAGUGAGCUGGACAUACUGUGUAAUAAGAACAACCCCGAGAUCCCGGCAGUGUUCUUAGAGGCAGGCAAGAAACGACAACCAUCAGUGCGCAAACCCAAGGUAGAGAUACCUCCGGAUGUGAAGAAAGUAAUGGACGAACUGGAGCUGGAAGAGGAGAUUCCAGAUGAGCAACAGCUGGAAGUGCUGGAGGACAUUUGGUUAAAAGCUGGAGAAAUGGAUCCGAGACGUAGUGCUGCCCGCAUGAAGCUGAACCCAUCCGAAAUUGAUGACGCUUUCAUGUUGGAUGAUGGUUCAAAACAUGCUUCAAAGAAGAAAGGAAAGAAGAAGAAAAGAAAAGGAUCGGAUGAUGACGAUGAUGAUGAUGAAGAGAAGAAACCGAAACAGCGAAGAGUGAAGAAGGAAGUGAAAGAUCCAUCAGAAAAGAGGAAGUGUGGAAGACCUCGGAAAAUAAAAGUGGAACCCAACGAGCCAAAUCAAGAUGGUAUAAAGAAGUCAGUGUCCGAUAGUGAAAAUGAGAGUAAGUUUAUGUCUGGUAGCGAAAAUGAGAUCAAAACUAUUGGAGGCAGUGAAAAUGGAAGCAAGUUGUUAAAUGAAAGUGAGUCUGAAAUAUUUGGUAGUGAAGGUAAAUCAAGUUUUCCAAAUCAACUGCAAGAAGUUAAACAUGAAAAAUUCCUUGAGCAGUAUGUCAAAUUUGUGAAAAAGCGUGGAAGACCUCCUGGGUCUAAAAAUAAAGUGAAGAAAGAAAAGGAUCCCAACAACCCUGACACUAAAGUAAAAGUUAGAAGGAAAAGGAAACCAAAAGAGCCUAAGGACCCUAAUUUGGAACAAAACAAGAAUGCAGUGGUUGGUAAUAAUCAUAUUGCCUGUACUAACCAAUUGAUGCCUCCUGGAUUUACCACCUAUGGGCAACAGAACACAUCUCUGACUGUCUCUCCUCCAGAGAAGAAAUACUCUCCACAGGCUCAAGAGCACUCAUAUUCUUCAUACGGUCAGAAUCAGACAUUCAUGAACCAGCCUCAAACUUUCCACACACAACAACAGUAUGGACAGUAUUCCCAGCAUUACAACCACAUGGGUCAGACUGUAGGCCUACACCAGCAAAGCAACAUGCAGAUGUCACAAACUCAGAUGCAGCCCCCACAGUCACCAGUACACAACCAUCACAUGCAGCAGCAAACCAUGAACAGAUCACCCAUCCAAAGCCAAUGUCAGAUGCAACAAAACCUCAACCUUUCACCGAUCCACAACCAGUCCUUUGUCCAAGGCCAAAAUUUGAACCGAUAUUCAAUGGAAAGUCCCACUCAUACACCGAUGAGAUCUCCAGUACAAAACAUGAACCAAAACCAGUACCAGAUGAACAGGUCACCUAUCCAGAAUCAGUCUCAAAUGCAGGGUUCUUCUGUUAAUCGAUCACCAAUUCAAAGUAUGGCCCAGAUGACUAACUUGAUGGUCCAAUCUCCGGUGCAAAAUCAGAUGCAGAGUCCAUCUCCCACCCACAUGUUAUCACCCAACCAUAAUAGUCAGGUGAUAAAUCGGUCCCCUCCUCAGAAUCAGAUGACCCAAAUGCAAGGUCAAUCUGUGAAUCUGAAUCGAUCACCAAUGCAGAACCCACAGAUGCCGGAUCUGUCCCUGAAUCGAUCAUUGGUUCAGAAUCACAAUGUCAACCAAAUUCACAAUCAGAUGCCUCAACUGAGCAACUACCAACAACAAGUAAACCAGUACCAGAUCUCCCCACAGGCUCAGAGCCCCCAGAAUAAUGUACCACAGACCAUUACAAUAGUCAACGUCAAUCAAAGUCAAAUAAUGUGCAAGAAACCCCUGUUGGUAUCUGUAUCCGGGAGGAUGACUCCAAACCAGUCUCCCCUGCACUCCCCAGUGAUCCUUAGGGCACUGGGUACGCCCAACGGCUCCCCUCAGUCUGGAGGUAGUUCUCCUCUCCACUCUCGAGGAAAGUUGCAGACCACUGCGGUGAUGAAGACCAUCAGCAACAGUGUCAGUACCUUACUCACAGCAGGCAAACCCAUCCAGAUCCGCAACGUUCCUCAACAACGUGUAAUAUGUGUGAAAGUUCCCAGCAAAUCGCUUAACGGUAAUCGAGAGAGUGAUGACAGUGAAAUGUUGUCCCCAAACAGGACGUUUGCUCCAGAUAACAAUAGUUAUGGUAGUGACCGACAGAACGAUAGUGACCGGCAGAUCUUCAACAUGGACCACGGGACCGUGAUCUCUGAGACCACUGCGUGCCGUGUGGAGACGCUACCAUCAGCCGUUGAUCUGUAUGAGAGUCAGGAAGAGCAAUUCCAUAGCCAACGACUACCCAGGCUGGAAAACUACCAGUCUCGGAGCGAGACGAGCUUUGACAGCAUGAACAACUCAUGGAACAGCAUACAGAGCUCACCCACCUGCUCGGACCGUUCACCCCCACUACUGAUGAGAGCGGACCAGGACUGGACUGCCACUCAAGCUGGCAAUGACGCGAAUGAACAGCUCCACCUAAGGCUGAUGAUGUCCAACAACACAGACCUGGAGCUGGAGAGGACCAUCAACCGGUACAACAGCCACGCCAGCCCUCACUGUUCCCUGUGUGUGCUCUUCACUGCCGAUAAGUGGGGAGGCAGAAAUACGGUGCCAGACUGGACGACACGAGAGUGGAGCCGAGAGUUACCGUCGGAGAGUCAGGUGACGAUGCCCAGCUAUACACAGUGCAGCCGCCAGACCCCGCAGAUUGCCCCCCUGGUGGUGUGUGCGUCAUGCAGUGUGUGUGUGCACACUACCUGCUACCCCUCGCCACCACCCCUUGCUGACUGGUUGUGUGACAAGUGUCAGGCUAACCAGUGCUACGCUAGGUGCUGUCUGUGUCCUAUCCGUGGUGGUGCGCUGCGGCGUACUACUGACUCACGUUGGGUCCACAUUGUCUGCGCACUAUUCAUGCCGGAUGCAAAGUUCCUCAACCAUGGCAAAACAUCCACCAGCGAGAUGAUUGAACUUCCUCAAUUUGCCACCUACAACCUCUGUGCUCUGUGUCAACGGGAGCAGGUUUACCUGCGGUGCUGCGACACAGCCUGCGGAGCUUGGUAUCAUGUUCCGUGUGCCGUUUACCGUGGUGCCAAGAUACGAAUAAACAAUAACGCUGGCUCCCGCUUCCUGCUCAACUGCCAGGGCCACAACAGCAACCAUCGCCACGACAAGAUGUGUGGGGCGCAGGUGGGCCAGUGGGUUUGGGCUCGACACGAGAAUCAACGCUACUACAAGGGUCGUGUCAUAGACAUCACUCGGUCCCCGUUCUACAUGGUCUCCUUCCCAGAUGGCUCCUUCACCGACAAGAUGCACCCAUCCCUUGUCAACACACAUGAAGGAGAGGAUGACACGCCAGUGGUGGGGAUGCAGGUUAGAGUACGAUGGAAUGAUCAGGAGUACUAUGAUGCAGUGUACCAGGGUUGUGAGACAAAGAUCAUGUACAGGGUGGAGUUCUCAGACAAGUCUGUGUUGUGUCUGGUGAGAGAGGAGAUCUAUGGUCUGGACGAGGAGUUGCCCAAGAGGUUGCGGAUGAGACUGAGCCAUAACCUGUCUAAACUGACGACGAAGGUAAAAGACGUGAUUGUUGUGCGCAAGAAGGUGACUUUACCCCGACCUCCAAGACUUGUGCCACCUAGACCCAUCAAGAGCGACUCAGCCACCUCUCCUUCCGUCGCUAAUUAACCCAUUCCCUCAACCAACGUUUAUUUUGCCAUUAGCUAUUUUAACUGUAUAUAUAAUAAAGACUGCGGUUUAGUUAGCUCCUGGAUCUUCCUUGUAAUAUUAGAACAGUCUAAGAUUAGUUACUGAUGAUAAGUUUUAACAAAAUACCUAUCAGCUAGGUAAACAAAUUCCAUGCAUGGAUUUUUUUUAUGUGGAUUCAUUUAGACUUUUACAACAUAUUUGUUUCCUGUAAUAUUGUUGCUUAUUUUUUUAAACAAAACAUUGUAAUAACAACAUAAUAUAGUAUGUUUUUGUUUAUAAAGAAUGUGUUAAUUUGUGUUUUGUGGAAUUUUCAGUGUAAUAUUUUAAAAUAAGCACAAGCUAUAAUUGUUUAGUACUCUAAUUUAAUUGAUUCUUGAAAAUUUUUAGAAAACAAUGAAAGUACCAUUAAAGUUGUGCAAAGGUUGACAUUCAGUUGAGGAAUGAAUGUUUUAUAAAUUACAUGUAAGUGCAGGCUGUUUUGUGUGAUAGAAGUAUGAUUUCCAUAAAAAUCCAGUCACAAGCUAAUAUAUAUUCCUCUUCUAUUUAUAAAUCAGUAUAUUGAAUUAUCAAACUUUAUAAAGAUGAUUACUUAAUCAAUCGCAAUACAGAACUGCUAGUAGUCAGAUGUCCUGAAAAUAAUAAUUUAGCAUUCAGAAGAUUACUUAAUUAGUAAUAAUAGCAAUUUUGUAUUUGUCUCAGAAACAAAGUUAUAUUUUAAAUAUAGUUUAACGAUUAAGAAUCAUCUGUAUUAAAAAGACGUCAGUGAGGGAAUUUAAAGCAAGAUCAGGUUUACCUUACCAAAUUGUUGGUUAGUCAUCCUCUUAUUGACACAGAAACAUACAAGUGAAAUAUUUUGUGCCCAUCGGGUGCUUUUUUGUUUAAAUACAGAAGGAGAGAUUACUGGUUUUUUAAUUUUUAAUUAUUUAAUGUUCCAAAUUGCAGGGACAAAAUAGUUUGUCCCUAUUCACUAAUAAUGUGUUGUCUAAUCACACAUUAUUUAACACAUGAUAUUUAUAUCACACUAUAUUAUAUUUACAUGCAGAACUAUUUUUACUUGGUAUAUAAAAUUCAUGUUUCAAUUACGGUCUUCAAGGGAGUGGGGGGAGGUAAAAAUCCCUCUAUCCCUUGCAGUCGAUACUCAUUGCAAAACUUGGAACAUGGAAACCAAUAACUUCUAUUUUUGUUGUUGAUUAUGUGCCCAUUGGGUACAAAAUAUUCCAUUUGUUUCAGUUUAUGUCAAUAUGAAGAAGAGGAUGACUCUUAUUACGAUUAAAUGGUUAUAAACUUGGCUUUUUGUCGAUUUUAUUGAACAAAAGAAGCUGUGUAAUUUUUACUUAUAACACUCUCAAUUUAUCUAUCUCACAAACACUACAUAAUAUUUUUUCAUGCAUUCUUUAAAAGUGAUUGAAUAACUUUUGGAGUGGUUAUUUUUACUUUUUGUUCCUUUCUAAUAAACUACAAGGUGUGUUGAGAAAGUAAGUCCUGCUUGAAAAACAUUUUUUUAGACCAAUUUUAUUUUUAUGCAAAACAUGUAUCUAAAUUCAGCUACUGUAAUGUAAUGUAAUAUUAAAAUUAAUUCUGUGUUGCUUUGUCAAUAUAUAAGGAUCUUUUUAGAUUAUAUUUGUAACAUGACAUUCAAAAAUAAUUUAUUCUCUGUCACAAAAUGCCAGUAAGGAGUCUAGUGAAGAUUUUCUUUCUAUUCUUAAAAAGUUUGCAGUACAGCAAAAGUUGUACCUUUUGUUUCAUAAACAAGUGGAAAACUUUUUAAAAUAUUGUUUUUGUCACUGUAGUUACAGUUAGAUAUUUUAUUAAUCGUUAAACUAUUUCACAGUGUUUUAAAGUUUUCUUUGCAUGUUGUUUGAGCAUGAUUUGAGUAAACCAUUUGGGUGCUGAAUCCUAGAUGGAAUAAACAUUAUGAAACUAUUCCAUAGCUGAAUUUACAUUUUACGAAUAUAGAUCUACCAUAUUAUAACUUUGAGACUAUUGAAAGUUUUAAUACGUUUAUUGAACAUAGACACAGAUGUAUAUGAAAACAAUUUUAUUUUAGUGUAACCAAAUAUUGCUUUUGAUAGUAGAUUCUGUUUUGUUUUGUUGACUGAACCAAAGCAAUAUUAGAUAGAUUAGGUAUCACGUACCUAUAAAUUGAAUCUGUCCUCAUAGUAUAUUUUAGAUUAUUUAAUGUAAAAGAUUACAUUUCACUGCUCAAAUUUGUAAUUUAUUACUUGUAAAUGAUUUGAUAUUUAUGUAAUUUAUAUAACAUAAAACAUAUAACAGUAAGAGAGAUUAGAUUAUUUUAGUUGACUGAUUUAUCCAUAAUAUAUAUUGUGUACAUAAUACUUGAAAUGUACAGGCUGGAAUGUGAGAUAAUUUAAUGAAAAAAUCUAGUGAGUUAAUUUUAACUUAUGUGGACUUCUUUGUGUACCUGAAUGGUUAUUGUUUGUAAAGUUUUGCCAGUUUCUGAUCUACCAUUGUGCAUGUAUAACUGAAUCAAAAUCGUGAACAGUUAAGGUUUUUAGUUGUUUAUUUAAAAAAAUACCCAAAUUACACUUUUGUUUUAAUCCGUGACAUUUUUUAAUUGUAAAUAAAACAAGUGUUAGAUCAAUUUUUGUGUAAUUAAUUUUUUUGCAUUGUGCAUGUUUUAUUGUUUUAUUACAGUUACGUAAAUUGUAAUUGCACUUUCUGGUUUUUGCAAGCCCAUGUGAACCAGUGCUUUUUAGCCAUUUUAAAUGCUGUAUUUAAAAAUUAUUUUAUUUAUGUGCAAUUGUUACUUACUGUGUUUAUUACCACCCAUUGUAAAUAGAACCAUAAAAAUAUCUUGAUUUAUUAUGUAGGUCAAUUGUGUAGAUUUGCAUAUUUUCGAAUGAUCUCUUUGAAUCUAAAUGUUAAGAUUAAGCACAAGAUACAUAUUAGAUAAUGUUGAUUAUGUCAAAUUUUAUGUAACUAAUAUAACUUAAAAGUAUUAUUUGUGUAAUAGCAGUCUUGUAUAUGUGUAGGAAAAAUAAAAUUAGGCUGCUGAA